AUGUCUUCCAACACACUCAUUCCGCUUUUGACACUUCUCAUCAGCGUCGCCAUGGCGCAAAAUUCCGACUUCUGGGUGGUCUCCACGACCCAGCGUCCCCCGACCCAGCAAAACUCCAACAACGUGUGCGUAUCAGGGCUCAAAGAAAAACUAAAAUUCUACGACGCCCAGAUCAGCGAACUGAAGAACCAACUCCACGCCACCCGGAAGGAGUUGCUUUCGUUGGUGGAGAAAGAAGUGGAGCACAGCAUUUUGACCCCCGAGGACUGCAAGGACGUUCUAGGGAGAGGCUACAAGACUUCCGGGAUGUACAAAAUUAAGCCCAUGUACUCCCCGAAGGAGUUCUGGGUUUGGUGCGACUUGACGACGAAGGGGGGCGGCUGGACCUACAUUUUCAACCGAUUCGAUGGGUCGGAGAGUUUUUACCGGAAUUGGACGGACUACAGGGACGGAUUCGGGUAUCUGUCGACGGAGUUUUGGGUAGGGCUUGAGCAUUUGCACCACUUGACGAAUAGUCGAAACUGUGAGGUGCUUUUCGAGCUUGUGGACUGGGAUAUGAAGAAGGUGUACGCCAAGUAUAAUAAUUUCGUAAUUGGGAGUGAAGAGGAGGGGUACGCUCUCAAAUCGCUGGGAACCUUUGAAGGAACCGCAGGAGAUUCUUUAACAGGACACCUUAAAAUGAAAUUUACUACGGCAGACAGGGACCAGGAUAUCAGAAAGGAGUACAACUGUGCAGUUUUCAAUAAAGGGGCAUGGUGGUACAACAGUUGUUACUACAGUCAUCUAACUGGUGAAUACGUCCACGUAAAACCUUCAACAGGCAAAAAUGUCAAUAAAAUCACCUGGAAUACGUUUCAUGGGUACGACUACAGUUUGAAACAAGUGCGGAUGAUGGUCAGACCAAAGGAUUAA